ACUCAUAAAAGUUUCGGUCCUUGUGACUCUCCCACAGAAAUCCCCAUGACCACUACACUUUCUCAGUUGAUGUUGCAGUUUCAGCCUUCGGGCACCUCAUGUUUCCAUCGCUCUUCUUCUCCUUCCUCAACUCCAUUCAGUCUCAGAACACCUAACAAAUUACUAUUCAAUGAAGGAUACUCUACUUCCAGUGCAAAGUAUCCUCAUCAGCAACAAACCAUAGCACCAUUACUAUCUCGCCAGUCUUUCACACCAAGAAUUUCAGGAAUCUUUGAUGCUUUGACCGGUGGUAAUUCUUCCCGCGAAGCCAUUAUUGCCACUCGAAAAGGAAUGGAUCUCUUCAGACAGGGUGAUGUUUUGGGAUCGUUAGCCGAGUUCGAUAGAGCUAUUGAGUUGGAUCCUCGCCAGAAAGCAUAUCUCUGGCAAAGGGGACUUACGUUGUAUUACCUAAAUAGGUUUGAAGAAGGGGCAGAGCAGUUUCGCCUAGAUGUUGCACAAAAUCCUAAUGACACAGAGGAGUCAAUAUGGUGUUUCCUUUGUGAAGCUCAAUUAUAUGGGGAAGAUGAAGCUAGAAAGAAAUUCCUAGAGGUUGGUGUUGAUCCACGGCCUGUCAUGCGUCAGGCGUAUAGCAUGUUUAAGGAUGGCGGCGAUCCAGAAAAGUUAGCUUCUGCAUUUUUGCGUGGAAAGGAGCAUGAACGUUUCUAUGCCUCUUUGUAUGCUGGGCUUUACUACGAGUCUCAGAACAAUCCUGAAGCUGCAAAAGUUCAUAUACUUGCUGCAUGUCAGUCCCCUUAUGGAUCAAGGGCCGAUGAUUACAUGGCUGCCCUAGCAAAAGUUCAUGCCCUCUGUCGAAAAUGGAGUUAAUCUAUACGAAUUUAACAUAAAUGGGGUAAUGUUUGGCUUAUGUCUGAAUCUAGAGGUGUAAACCAGCAUUUCCUAGAUAAUAAAAUCCCUUGUGUAAUUCUUGCCAUGUUUCAGUCUACUUCAUUUGUGUAGUUCUUGCCAUGUAAACCAAUAUUUCCUAGAUAAUAAAAUCCGUUCUGUACGUCUGAGUAUUUUGUGCUCAGUCCUACUCGGAAAAACGA